GAUACAAAGCGCCAUUCAUUUUGUUUUCUAUAGUCUGGAGAGAAAAAACCCAAGGUGAAUAACAUGGAGAAGGUGGAGGAAUCGAUGAAUAAAGUGGAAGAAGAAGUAGAGAGGGUGGUGGAGCAAGCCAGAGAGUUGCAAGAAUCUGGCGCUGCGCUGAUUUCCAUUAUAUCCAAAGACGAACAAUCUAUUCGCCUGAAAGCUAAUUCUCUUGAGUCAUCUAUUCGCCGCCUCCGUUCCUCCAUUACUUCCCUUCUCUCUCAAAAGCUUUUGGAUCCCAAACUCGCCGAAAAGCUUGAAGAGGAUUUACAGACAGCCAGAUGUAUUAUAACCAACGGAGAUGCCGCUAGUUUUCUUCCUGCCAAAGCUCAUGGUAAAUUUCUGAGGAUGUUCUUGGGACCAAUCAAUGUGCGUGCAGCUCGCAAAGAGGUCCAGUUGAAAGUGAAGGAGGAAUAUAACAGCUACAGAGAUAGGACUGCCUUCCUUUUUCUUAUUUUUCCAUUAAUUCUGCUUAUUUUAAGAUCUUGGAUAUGGGAAGGAUGCUUGCCUGCAUUUCCAGUUCAGUUGUAUGAGGCAUGGUUGUUAUUCCUUUAUACUGGUUUGGCUUUGCGAGAGAACAUAUUGCAAGCAAAUGGAAGUGAUAUUCGUCCAUGGUGGAUAUAUCAUCACUACUGUGCUAUGGCUACGGCCCUUGUUAGUCUCACUUGGGAGAUUAAAGGACAACCUAAUUGUUCUCAGAAGCAGCGAGGCGUAGAACUUUUCCUUCAAUGGGCUAUGAUGCAAGGAGUUGCCAUGCUUCUGCAAAAUCGAUACCAGCGCCAGAGACUAUACACUCGUAUUGCCCUAGGAAAGGCUAAAAGAAUGGAUGUUGUUUGGGGGGAAACAUCUGGUGUAGACGGCCAAUUGUGGAUUCUAUAUCCAAUACUUUUCCUGAUGCAGGGUUUUGAGGCAUAUGUUGGACUACUAUUGCUCAAGACUGCAUUUGUCGGUGUUGUUUCCGAAUGGCAGAUAAUAUUUUGUGGGAUCAUUUUGGUUCUUAUGGCUGUUGGGAACUUUGUGAACACAGUACAGACACUCAUGGCAAAGUCAAGGUUUAAGGCAAAGAUGAAAAGCAGUAAGAGCAAGCAGGAGUUGAAGUUAAGUUAGAGUCUUGCUAUUUGUUAGGUUAACCUUAUUUGGACUUUUAUACUGUCGUAUAUAUUCUGUUUUUUGUUUCUUUGAUGUUUCCGGUAUCACCAGAAAUGUUUGUUUUAGAAGAGGCAAUGAAAUUUUAUUUUUCAA